GCGCACGCGACCCGAAAUAGACUUUGGCUUGGUCGAGCUAAUUCCAACUCUUUCAGUGUCUCUUGGGCCGUGCCUGCGACACCACAACCUCCUCCAUGAGCAAGUGUAGUUCGUGUUUGAAUUAGUGUCAAGUGUAUUCUGCGAACCCGCAGUCAGACGCUGUCACCUCAGCACCUCAUACUUCAAAUCGCGGUACUUCCCGUCGUGCCCGCGCACCCCGGCCGCCUCACCGCGACGCACCCCAAUGGAGCAGUACGAUGACCUGGCUACCCGUUAUCAGCAGCUAACGGACAAAUACGCCAACCUGAGGGAAAAGUACAGUAAUGCGUCCAACGGUGGGUCCAAGUAUUCGCCAUGGUCGCAUGCGUCCAGCGAGGAGCGAGUUUUGAUGGCACCGCGUUACAAAUCGCCGUCGCCCGUCGCCACGACCAAAUUACCGACCUCCAGGCACGCCUCCAAGGGGCCAGAGCUGUACACAUCACGCGUCUAUCGCACGCCACCACCAUCCUCCUUCUUGGACCUUGGGCCGUCCGCUGACGUAGACCGCGAGUCCCUAACCUCGGAGGCCAUUAUGAAGAAGUACCGCAGCCCCCUGAUCGAGAGGCAGGUGGAGAGUCCAAGGAUGAAGAGCCCCAGCAUCCUGGACAAGGAGAUGGAAAUUCUCUUGCCCAGGUACAGGCAGAGAGAACGAAUGGAGGCCCUUUUAAAGAAAGAAGCUACACCGCCUCCAAAGCCUGCCCCCACGGAGAACGUGUACGCAGCCGAUGGCCUGCCUCCAACUGCGCCCAGCACUUACAGCAGCCCUCGCUACGACAACAAGUAUGCCCUCAAGUAUCAGCACCACCAUGUGGACAAGCACAGGACGCACGCCAGUGUGCCCAAAUACGAGACUUUCACGCCACUCAGGGUGUCUCCGGCCCGGAAAUUCACCUGUUCCGUCAAGGAGCUCAGCCAUCUCAUAACUGAGCCCUCAGGUGGUGUUUACGUCCUUCCCACCGAUGCCUACAAUGAGGUUUAUCCUGACCUAUUUAUUGGAGAUAUGCACACAGCCUUGUGCACACAGCAGCUUCGGGCGAUAGGAAUCACUCACGUGCUGAACGCUUCUCAAAAGGACUCUCGGCCCGGCCAGGAGCCAGGUUACUACGUCAACACCACGGCGCAGUACUACCGAAGGGCCGACAUAGAGUUUCUCGGCGUGCCAGCCACCGAUAGCCUGUCCUUCGACAUCAGCCAAUACUUUAACGACGCAGCCGCCUUCAUUGAUUCGGCACUCCGCAUUGGAGGACGAGUGUUAGUUCACUGUCAUCAGGGCAUCAGCCGGUCAGCCACCCUGGUGCUUGCCUUCUUGAUGAUGCGUCGGGGCAUGACGGCCCAGGACGCCAUGAAAACGGUUAGAGCAAGGCGGCAAAUCAUCCCCAACGAAAGCUUCUUGAGACAACUGGUGGAGCUUAAUUCACGAUUGAUGGGUGACAGGAGGAACUACUACACAAAAUAAGCUAAUGAACUUUUUCAUCAGCCGAUAUUUAUUGUAAUCACCACAGGCUAUAUCUGUUCGUCGCUGCGAAGAAAACCUCAAAAUGUUAUUUGUUAUUUCUCUCCUCCAUUUUUCAAUUUCAAUAAAAUUUAUAAUUUUUUGUCUGCGUUUUGCCCACUUUUAUACAGUGCAGAGAACUGGUGUCUCUGUAUAUCAUAUUUUAAAAACCUAGCAAGAAGUGGAAAAGUUUGAAUUUCAUUUCGAUCUCAUUGAGCUAGGUGAGUCGUUGGGUACUUCCUAUUUUCGAAAUUUUAAUUUCCCAUUUUUACGCUUUAUUUGAGCCUUGGAUUUUAAUUUUUAAAAUUCUGUACUUGGAUUGAAAAAUGCAAUAAGAAAUAUACGUUUAAUGAUCAAAAA